UUUCAAUUGAACGAACUUGUUCGGCGACUCUGGCCCUAAUUGCCUUUUCCUUUCAAUCUGAAAUUUUUUGAGUCCUCCUCCAAUAAUAUUUCCAUGUUGACUUGCGACUCAAGCAGAGAAAUACCCUCUAUUUCUUCACUUAAAUUCACACAAGAAGAAGAAGAAAGAGAGUACUAAUACUACUUUUUUUGAACAAAGAAAACUUUUUCCUUCCUCUCCACUUUGUUGGUUGUUUAUUAAUCCAUUUUUGGUCAACUGGGCAAUCAAAAUGGGUGUUCCCUCCAUUUUGGCACUCUUUCUCCUCUUCCACCUAGUGUUUGAUCACUCUUCUGGGAAAUGUCCAGAGUUAUUCGACUGUGGAACGCAUGGCCAAAUCAGAUACCCUUUGACCAUCUCCACAUAUCCCCGUUGUGGGCUCUACAAUGUAACAAAUUGCACGGACCCAGUUCCAAAACUGAAGCUGGAAGCGAAGGAAGUAUUGUAUGACCUUGAUAAUAUCAAUGUCUCAGAAAAUUCCAUUAGGGUUAAUGACCCAAUUCUAGAGAGCCUCCUUAGGACAAACAGUUGACAAGAGAGAAAUCGCACCUGAAACUUUAGGAGGGAGCAACCCGUAAAUACUAAGCCAGGAAAGCCAGACCAAUUUUUGAGAAUUUAGGAGGGAGCAAACCAGUAAAUACUAAGCCAAGAGAGCCUGAGCAACCCUUGGGGCUGUCAAUGGGUCAAGUUGCCGGGUCAAUGAAGGAGAUGAGCAUGAAACUCCCAUGGAGUCUUUCUGCCGACCGACUUUCUCCCAUGGGUCAAGUUCCCUCUUCCUUUCAAUCAGACUUCUUUCAAGUCCUCCAAAAUAGCCGAAUUUCCAAGUCGACUGGCGUGUAAAGCCAUACACCCUCUAUUUCUUGACAAAAACCACAAACAUUCCCUUAUUUUAAGACACAACUUUUUUCCUUCCUCUCCCCUUUGUUGGUUGUUUAUUAAUCCAUAUUCGCUAAACUGGGAAAUCACAAUGGGUGUUCCUCCCUCCAUUUUGGCUCUCUUUCUUCUCUUUCACCUACUGUUUGAUCACUCUUCUGGGAAGUGUCCAGACUCCUUCAACUGUGGAACUCAUGGCCAAAUCAGAUUCCCUUUGUCCAACUCCACCAAUUGUGGGCUCUACACCGUACAAAAUUGCACAGACCCAGUUCCAAAACUCAAUCUGGAAAGGAAGGAAGUAUUGUAUGACCUUGAUACUAUCAAUGUCUCAGAAAAUUCCAUUAGGGUUAAUGACCCAAAUCUAGGGGACCUCAUUAGGACAAACGGUUGUGAUGUUUUUGCGUAUUACUUGGUCUGGAGUCUUCCGAUUAGACCCUAUAUUUCUUUCACAAUAUCACCUGGUCUCACCUUGUUCAAAUGCACUACCAAAAGCCCUGAACUUGACAAGAAACAGGAUGAGUAUUUUCGUGGCAAUGACAGUUACAGAGGCUGCAGUGGAUACACUGUCUACUAUAAGUAUCCUUAUCAUUCUAGUGUCUCGAGUAACGCCAGUUUUGGUCUUAACUGUUUGCCUAUUGAAUUGCCAAGGGUAUCGGAACUCGGAAGCAGAAAUGCCAGUGAUGUAUUCUCUGUGUUGGCUUCCAAGUUUGAUAUUAGGCUUCAUGUGUCCAAGGCAUGUCAACAGUGUCGACACAAAGGGGGGCAAUGUUCUCGUGAUAUCACGCGUUUCAGGUGCACAAAUAAGAAAGAAGUUUUAGCAGGAAGAAGUAGAUUGCCAUUGAUUCUCGGAAUAGUUGUUUCUAUUGUAGGGAUUAUGGGAAUUCUGUUGUUCUGCAUUAUUAUGAAGAAACUCUCAAAAAGUGAAUACACAUUCUUUUGGAAAAAGAAGACAGAGAACUGCCGAAACAUUGAGGCAUUUCUAAAGAAUUGUGGUUAUCUCUCUCUUAAAAGAUACACUUACUCCGAUAUCAAGAAAAUUACCAACUCCUUCAGAACUAAACUAGGUCAGGGAGGCUUUGGUUGUGUCUUCAAAGGAAAGUUAGAAAAUGACUACCUCGUGGCAGUGAAAGUUCUGAAAGAGUUGAAAGGCAAUGGAGAAGAUUUCAUUAACGAGGUUGCAACAAUUAGUAGAACUUCUCAUGUAAAUAUUGUGACUCUUCUUGGGUUUUGUUUUGAGGGUCACCAUAGAGCUCUCAUAUAUGAGUUCAUGCCUGGCGGAUCUCUUGACAAUUUAGUACAUGAUGGUGGUUCCUCGACAUAUCGCCAGUUGGGUUGGGACAGAAUGUACCAAAUUGCGGUUGGUAUUGCCCGAGGGUUGGAGUACUUACACCAUAGUUGCAAAACACGAAUUUUGCAUUUUGACAUAAAGCCUCAUAAUAUUCUUUUAGAUGAGGACUUCUGCCCAAAGAUAUCUGAUUUUGGCCUUGCUAAACUAUGCCCGCAAAAAGAGAGUAUCAUAUCUUUAACAGGUGCUAGAGGAACAGCGGGCUACAUUGCUCCAGAAGUAUUUAGCAGAAAUUUUGGUGGGAUUUCACACAAGUCUGAUGUGUAUAGCUACGGGAUGAUGGUUUUGGAAAUGGUUGGCGUAAGAAAGAAUAUAAGUGUCGAUGUUGAUUGUACGAGUGAAAUAUACUUCCCACAUUGGGUAUACAAGCGUCUUGAGCUUGAUGAAGAACUCGGAUUGCAUGGCAUUAUGGAUGGUGAGGCAAAUACAAGUGCAAGGAAGAUGAUAAUAGUUGGCCUGUGGUGUAUACAAACUGAUCCUUCAAACCGACCAUCAAUGAGACGGGUUGUGGAGAUGUUAGAAGGAAGUGUGGAGUCUUUGCAAAUCCCCCCCAAGCCUUAUUUGUCUUCUCCCUCAAGAGCACCAGUGGAUUCGUCCACUACUCAUGCCAUGACACUAUGACGAUGCAUGCAUAUAUGUUUCGGGAGGGAAAAGCAAAACGUGCCGUCCCCAUGAUUUCAAAAUGGAAAAAUCUACGGUACACACCACCUUGAACAAUCAUUGUGACUCGUUUUUAUGAGUUUUUGUGGCACACUUUAUGAAAGUGUAUACAGUACACCCUUACGAAUUUUGUGGCUUACUUUUAUGGAUAUUUAUGAU